AUGUCUCCAGAAAUAUUAGAAGCACUUCUUCAAUGGGCUGCGUCCUUUGGUGUGGUGGUUCCAGAGGGACUGAAGUUUACAUACAGCGAUCUCAAGGGCAUUCUUUGUGUAUGUGAAAAAGAAAUGGAUGAACCAAAGAUCAAGAUCCCUCCCGAGAUCAUCAUUUCAAGAAGUUUGCCCAUAAAAUGCUUCAAGCUCCAUGAGUCCACUGGGAAUAUCAACGGAUGGUUGAAAUUAUUCUUGGCUAAGAUAAAGUUCGAUAAAUAUAAUGAUACCAUCGUGGAUAAUGUUUGCGUGAACAAGAAAUUCAAACCUUACUUGGAUGCGUUACCCUUGCAGCUUAACUCACCAUUGAUUUGGAACUCAAGCGAGCUGGAGUGUUUAGCAUCUACGAACCUGGGGAAUUCUAUUCAUGAGAAAUUUGCGAACAUAUUCAAAGAAUGGUUUGAAUUGAUCACCUCUUCCGAUAUAUUUGAUUUAGAAAAAGUGGCAGAUGAUAUUCAGAUAUACCGCACGCUUGACGGGAUGGCAUACGAGGCUCUUUAUGAACGAAUCUUGAAGAGGACUGAACUUCAAACGCCAACCAUUUGGUAUUCGUUUUCUGCAUUUCUAUGGUCGCAACUAAUAUUCACUUCAAGAGCGUUCCCUGAAUAUGUGGUGAACGGGAAGUGUCCAGAAAAUUCUAUCGUAUUACUUCCCAUUAUUGACCUUUUAAACCAUGACUACCGUUCCAAAGUUAAAUGGUAUCCUGAAAAUGGAUGGUUUUGCUAUGAAAAAAUGGGGACUGUAGCCCAAGGGCAAGAACUGUUCAACAAUUAUGGCGGUAAGGGGAAUGAAGAGUUGCUGUCUGGAUACGGGUUUGUCUUGGAAGAUAACAUUUUUGACUCAGUAGCUUUAAAAAUAAAAUUGCCGUUAGAUGUAAUUUCUGCAAUUCUUGAAAAGGAACCUCUUCUGAAACUGCCUACACUUUCAGAUUACACAACAUUUGCCUUUGAAGAUAAGAAUUCUAACCGACAAGACGGUGAGGCAGCUCGUGAUGCUACGGAUUACGCAGACGGUGUAACUUAUUUCAUUAAUACGCAAAAUGAGCAAAGUUUAGAGCCAUUGCUAAAUCUUUUCACUUACCUAUCGAAGACUGAGGAGGAAACCUUGCAUGAUCUGAGAGCCCGUUUCGAAGGUAUACAAAUGUUAAGAAAUGCAUUGGAAAGUAAAUUGAACAACAUUUUAGGAGCUACACCAAUUGAUUCAUCAAAUAUCAAUUCCUACAGAUAUUAUUGUGCUGAUAUUUAUAGAAAAAGUCAAAAACAAAUACUAAAGGAAUCUGUAGCGCGAUUGAAAAGAUUAGAGAAGACAAUGCUAUCAGAGAACAAGAACAGACUACUAACUAUGAACAAAAUCUUGAAGAACGACCCUGCUUUUACAGAAACUGAGCUCCCUUCAUUGUUUAGUAGUGAAGAUGAUGAAGAGCUCGUCUUCGAAUCCACCUACGAUUUGUUGGUCCUGUGGGUCCUAGUGAAGGCUAGGUGUCAGUCAUUCCCUACAAAAUAUCAGUGGGUGGGACAGCAGUACAUUAGUUCUGGGAACACCGCAUAUAUCUCGGAUGACUCCAAGGCUUUCCAUGCCCAGUACUUCGGCAAGCAAGAUAACGUGGACUUGAAACAAGUGGACCACGCAAUCCAAUUCGUAGGUGCUAACUCCUUCACCAGAGCCUCGUCUACUUCAGGCGAUACCAUUCUGGUUCGCAAGUAG